ACACACAAGAUUCUACAAAUGAAAUAAUGAACAUGAGUAUCAGAAGACAACGAGGAGAGGAAUCAGCAUCAUGUCUGUGCAAGGGAACUUCUCAAUCUAUUCCUCAGGAGUCAACGAUACAGACAGUCAUCAAAGCACAUGCAUGAUAAAACCUGAUGAAAGCCAUAAAAUCAUCUUGCCUUGGCUCUAUCUCGCGUUGGCUGUCCUGGGCCUUCCAACCAAUGGAAUAGUCUUGGUGGAUCUUUGGAGAUCAGAGAGGACACCCACUAUCAUCUUCACUUUGAACAUAAUCAUAUCAGACCUGCUGAUGUGCUUCAGUUUUUUCAUCAGAAUAGCCUACUACAAAGAAAACACCAACUGGCAGUCUGGAACUCCAGCAUGCAAAGCAGCAGAAAUGAUCAUUUUCUCGUGCUUCUACAUAAACCUUUAUUGCAACAUGGGCUUUCUUUUGUGGACCAGCAUUAAUCGCUAUACCACAGUGGUAAAACCAGGCUACGCCUUAUUUAAGGUCUUUAAACAUACACAGUCUUGUUGGAUCCUCUGCUUUUUAACCUGGUUGAUUGUCAUCACAGUUGUGGGGGCUAGUAUGGGGGUUAAACUGAGGCUACAAAUGAAUGGGACCUGCUUUGACCAAGUUGUCAAUAGUUACAUUUUCUAUAAAAAUAAGUUUAAUACUAUCCACUGCUUAGGUACGUCAGCAUUCUUCUUCAUCUUGUGCUUGAUGUUGGUCAGCUAUAGCCUGCUGGUCUUCCAUCUGCAGAAAGUAAGGGGAGGAAGUCUAGUCGGUGCUGGAUAUGGGCCCGGGGGAGGUCUAAAGGUUCGUAGGAAGAUCCUGGCUUCAGUCAUAAUGUUUGUACUCUGCUUCCUACCCUACCACGUGCAAAGGAUCAACUUAUUAAUAUCAGAGCAUGAAAACUGUCAGGCAGAGUUCAGGAUUAAAAGGUGUACCAUCUUCAUAGCAGCUCUCAGCUGUUGCCUGCAUCCUGUCCUCCAGCUGGUGUUCCGUUCCCGCUGCUGUCGGGCCAAUCGCAACAACAGGGCCAAACCCAAACCUGACUACUCCAAGAGCCUGGACACACCUCAGAUACAUACUUUAAAUGUGACAGAACACAUUGAAGAGGCAAAAAGAAAUUCAACUGAACGAAGCUGCAAACAAACUGAAGAAUGAGAGAGAGAGAAAAAAAAAUGCUUUGCAACUUUGCUUUUCCUGUGUGAUGCAUGCGGUGAUCUGUGAAACACGCUAACCUCAGGGAAAUGUGUUUUGCAAUCAUUACUCUUCGGCAGAAGCAAACGUUUUGGCCAAUUUACAUGAUAGCAUGGUACCUCAGCAUAUUAAGUUACUUUUUAGUACUUUUUUUCAAUAUACAGUACAUACUAUACAACAACAGUCCUAACUGACUACCUUGAAGCAACGUUUUCUGUAUUAAUGGCAACUAAACUAUUAUUUCAGUAAGGCUUUGUGUUGAUAUUGUGCUAUCUGCUUUUGUAUUUAUUAAUUUAUGUAUUAAAUAUUACAGGCACACAAUAUAUACUUUGCAUAGGCAAAUUGCAUUCAGUACAAUUUAAUGUUAUUCACAGAAACCAUCUUUCUCAAAGUAGGUUGUCUAAAUUUUCUCCAGAGAUAUAACCGACACUUAAAAUGUCCAGAAGCAGAGGUGAGGCUUAACCAUCAGUUCCUCACAUGUCACAAACUUUAUGGAAAUUAUAUUUUGGUCAUCUUUCUGGGGUAUUUUAAAAGAGUUACAAAGGCUGAUCCUAUCAAUGCAUUGUUUGUUGCGGUGCCAGUGGGUAUGAACAAAGUAGUACAAGAGGAACCCCUCAGCAUGUUACUUGCAAAAUGUCUGAUUUUACAACAGAGCUGAGAUACAUUCAAAUUCUGCACAGAAUUCUCUGUUAUGAAAAGAUCAAACAGCACUGAGGUAAUUCAGAAAAACAGAAGUAGUAACCCACAUGGUGCUGUGGCAGAAACAGUCAGAUGUUAUUAACUGCAUUACUUAUUUCAGAGUUUGUACAACCUUUUUAAGGAGGGAAAUUGAAGUAAUUUUCUGUGACUCAAGUAUUUCACACAACUAGCCAGUACUUUAAAGCUCUAAAAAUAAAAUCAUUUUAAAUGUAAUUUUUAGUUAUUGUGGUAAACAAACACUUGUGUAAAAUAAUAAUAAAAACAAAAAUGCAUCAAAUUACCACAAUAACCAGCAGAUGGAAGCAGAGGAACAUUUAUUGGUUGUUCAUUUCUACUUUUUGCUUUAUAAUUUGAUAUUAUAAAGUCACUAAUUUCUUCAAAAUUUUGCACACAUUUGUCUAUGAAGUCACAAAAUUCCUUGAAAAACAAACUUAGAAUAAGAAUCACACAUAAAGCAAGAGUACUCCUUUUAUAAUAACUUAAGCUGUCAGUCAGUUCCGUAUAAUGCUAUAGACGAAUAAUGAUACAUUCAUAUUAUUAGAAAAUGCAGUUAUUAAUGCAAAACAAUAAUAAUUUAUAUAAUAAAAUACCCCCAGAAACAAUGUGUAUUACAUAAGGAGUAAUAAUGCACACCCGAGAUGUAUGGGCCGGAGUUAAUUAUUGCAUUUAUACUAUGGUUACACACCUAAGGACACCGUUUAACUGAUAUAUUUUAAGGCAUUCCUCCGUUUUUUGUCCUAAAAACCCCUGAGUGUAGAGUUAAUUCCUUACGCAUCUCAUCCAACGCCUGCAUUCCAAAACGUCAUUUUAAACCUACAGUAGUAACAGAGACAUGAGCCGUUGAUGCAGACUAAUGCAGUUAAUAAUAAAGUUAUUAGAGAGAGAGAGAGAAUAGGCAUGUGAAUGGAUAAUAAUAGAAUAAACGUAUUGUUGUUUAUAAUAUUUAUUUGCUUGGCCAGUAUCAUUGUGGGUUUUAGUCAUUUUGCUGUUGUAGGCUGUAAAGACCUUUGAAAUAACUUAAAUAAUUUGGUGAAGUGAUAUGGCCAUGUAAUGCGAUCAAGACCUGACUGAAACUACGUUAACCGUGCAUUUCCCUGAAAAUAAUCACAGACCUUAAAACGUUUGUCAGCCAAUCAGAUUCAAGCAUUCCACAGCCCCAUAAUGUAACAAUGAAUGAAUGAAUGAAUGUAUUGGUGCAUUACAGUAGAUGUACUGUUACUCAGAUUAUGCGUACACACAUUUUUUCUUUUGUUGUUGUUGUUUUGUUUUCA